AUCAUCGUUUUUGAUAACAUAGUAAAAUUAAUGGUUAAAUGGUUAUCAUUUAAGACUCAUCACCGCUUAAACAUAUUCUUAUAGUUAUAAUUUUUCAAAAACAGGUUUCCGAUGAACAGAGAAGACAUUGUCAAAGAGAAGAGGGCCUUUUACGACAAAUGUAGAUUUCCAAAUCUUGUUGGAGCAGUGGAUGGGACCUUAAUCCCAAUCACUACUCCAACUGUAGAUGAGGAAGUCUACAUUUGUCGUAAAGGUUAUCACGCCAUCAACUGCCAGGCCAUAGUUAACACCAGUUUGAAGUUAAUUGAUGUUGUUGCGAGAUGGCCGGGGUCUACCCAUGAUGGAGCGGUCUUUGACAAUUCAAGAAUUAAGGGACAUCUUGAUGCUACUGCAAAUCUCAUUCUUCUGGGCGACAGUGGCUACGCCCUGAGUCCUUCCCUACUCACCCCCAUAAGGAAUCCCCGUACCCAACAGGAAGAGCGGUACAACCGCAUACACAAGAGGGGUCGGGAAGUUGUGGAACGGGGAUUUGGAAUAUUAAAGUCAAGAUUCAGAUGUCUACAUCAAUCAGGGGGUGUUCUGCCCUAUAAGCCACUUCAGUGUGCAGCCUUGUUUGUUGCGUGCUGCCGCCUGCAUAAUCUUCUGAUGGAAAAUGGGGAUGAACAAGAAGUCGAUGCUGAUGUACGGGAGGAUGAUGACAAUGAUGAAGACCGUGUUGAAGUUGAACACAAUCAAGGUGGUGCUGCUGUUCGGGAGUUUUAUGUUAAUCUAAAUUAACAUUCUUUUUUAUUUUAAAGGUGAUAUGAGGUUACAGGGCCAGGGACAUAGACAAAACAAGUCUAUAAAAUGUGUGUUUAUAAUAUUUACAUCUGAUAAAGACAAAACAAGUCUAUAAAAUAUGUGUUCACUUACAUCUUAUAAAGACAAAACAAGUCUAUAAAAUGUGUGUUCAUUUACAUCAGAUAAAGACAAAACAAGUCUAUAAAAUGUGUGUUCAUUUACAUCUGAAAAAGACAAAUUAAGUCUAUAAAAUGUGUGCUGAAUGAGACAUAGCUGAUUAAAUAUGUUUUGGGGCUUGGGGACAUAGCUGAUAUUAUAGCUUUCGGGCCAUGUGAUUUAGCUGAUUAUAUAGGUUCUUGGACCGGGGAACAUUGCUGAUAUCAUAGGUUUUGGGGUUAUGGAACAUAGCUGAUAUUAUAGGUUUGGGGGCUGUCGUGCAUUUUUCGUCAGCAAUUACCUUGUUAACCGUCUAGAAGCCACAUUUAUUUGCAAUAACCAUAAAUCUUGGUCAGAAGAUUUGAAUGAGUGAAAUCUCGGUCAAGUUUGAAACUGGGUAACCUUGGGUCAAACACUAGGUCACCAGAUCAGAUUGAAGAAAAAGCUUUUUAACGCUCUAGAAGCCACGUUUAUAGCACAAUUAGCAUACAUCUUGGUCAGAACAUUUUAUCGACUGAAAUCACAAAAGAGUUUGAAACUGGGUCACCUCUGGUCAAAAAGUAGAUCAUCAGGUCAAAUUGAAAACUUUUUGAAAUACUCUUUUGCAUCAUUGCACAAACAUCAUAGUACAUGGUAUUACAUGCUUGGUGCAACUCAUGUGAAUAAUUUAUGGCUAUUUGGCCCUUUUGUUAAACUGUAAAUUAAAAUGUUUCUUUUUAUGUCCCCUAGCACUAUAGUGGGGGACAUAUUGUUUUGCCAUGUUUGUUGGUUUGUUUGUGUGUUAGCGUCAAACUUUCAACAUUUGCCAUAACUUUUGCAAUAUAAAAGAUAGCAACAUGAUAUUUGGCAUGCAUGUGUACCUCAUGGAGCUGCUUAUUCUGAGUGGUGAAAGGUCAAGGUCAUCCUUCAAGGUUAAAGGUCAAAUAUAUAGCUUCAAAGUGGCGUCGUUAGGGAAAUAGUGUUUAUGACAAAAACAUUUUUUGUUUUAGUCUGACUUUUUAGCUUAACUAUUAUACAUGAAAUAUAUAUGCAUGUAGUGGAGCUAUAGCCUAUCCUACUCACCCAGGUGUGUACAUCUGCGUGAGCGUUGGAUUGUUAGAGUUUGCGUACCACCUCAAAUAUUUUCUAUGUCCCUUGACAUAUUGCUUUCAUAUUUUGCAUACUUCUUUACCAACAUGACCGCAACCUGUAAACAUAAGCAGACAACUGUAAUAAGCAUUUUGUAAGAAUUAUGGCCCCUUUUCUACUUAGAAUAUGCAUAUUAUUGAUAAAUCUAUGUUAAAGUUUGCGUACCUUCUCAAAUAUUUUCUAUCUACCUUGACAUUUUGCUUUUAUAUUUUGCAUACUUCUUUGCCAAAAUAACUCGAAUCUAUAAACAUGAGCAGACAACUAUACCAAACAUUUUGUAAGCAUUAUGUUCCCUUUUCAUACUUAGAAAAUUGAAAAUUUGGUUAAGUUUUGUGUUUAGGUUCUUUUUAUUCCUAAAGUAUCAAAGCUAUUGCUUUCAUACUUGCAACACUUACAAUACUAACUAUCAUAAGGGGACUGUGCAGGCAAAGUUAUAUAACUCUGACUGUCAUUUUGACAAAAUAAUGGCCCCUUAUAUACUUAGAUAAUUUAACUUUUGGUUACGUUUUGUGUUUUGGUCCAUUUAACUCCUAAAGUAUCAUAGCUAUUGCUUUCAGACUCGCUAACUAUCAUAAGGGGACUGAACCGGGCAAGUUGCAUACCUCUGGUUGGAAUUUUAACGGAAUGUUUGCCCUUUUUUGUAUAAGUAUCUUUAAAUAUUUUGUUAUAUUGCCUUAUGGACAUCACUGCAUUAGUGUAAGGCGGUAGCUUUGAUGUAGAUUUCUGCUUCUAUUGGUAUCAAUUGAUAGUUAUUUGUUAUUGUUAUACUAUUAUUGUAAAUGUUUUCAGUGUUCAAUUUUAAAUUCUUAAAAUAUUGCUUUGAAUCAUAUAGAAUGUUUCUUCAAA